GUUAAUUGUUACAUUUAUUAAUCUCCUAUAAAAACUAGUUAAUUGUUAAACUUGUUAAAUAAAGUUGUUAGAUUGUAAAACAAAUAGUUCGAAUUUUAGUUAAUUGGUAAACUAGUUAAUUCGAAAUUAAUUGUUUAAUUAUUAUUCCAAUUUAAUAUUUGCUAUAUUUUUAAUAUGGAGCGUGCUAGAGCUUCUGUAGAUAUGGGUAACCUCCGCCGCAACCGAACAAAGGAGAUUGCGAGGAUUCAUCCAAUGUCACGCAAAGGUAAGGGAGAGCCGGGGUCUUCAUCUCAAACCCGAGAUGAUUUUGAUGCGGAUUACAACCAAAGAUAUGGUGAUACGAUGUCCGAUGAGCAACUAGAACAACUAUUGCAACAAAAUCUAGGAGGUUUUUUUCAUCAACAAGACAUCCCGCAAACCAUUGACGAAGAAGAGCUCGAGGAUGAUGAUGCGGAGGAGAGGGAUCCGCGAACGGUCGAGGACGAGGUUCAUGAGGAAGAGGAAGCGGAAGUGGCUACUUCUUCCCAAGCGGGUGGGAAAUCUGAAUCUGUCUUUAAGGCAAAUUUUACAAAAGUUAAAGACAUCGAAACCGAGAUAUGGUACGCCACUUGCAAGCAUUGCAACUAAAAGUAUAACCUGAGAAUUUCUGGAGGGUACGAGAGCGCCAUAAGGCAUCUUAAGGCCAAGCACCCGGCGGAAUAUGCGAAAUCGAACAAAGCAAUUUUUUUUGCAAACUUUGAUGGACGUGUUAGUAUAUGUAGUGAUAUAUGGGAGGAUACUCAUCAUCAUUUAUAUUAUUUGGGUUUGACUGCACAUUAUAUUGAUGAUGAUUGGUGUAUGCAUAAACGUGUUCUUGCUUUUCGUGAAUUUAAUGAUAGACACACC